GGCAGGACAAGUCGAGCCCAUCUUGCAGCACAGCGACGCCUCCUCGGCUUCGACGCCGACGCCAACGCUAGGGCGACUGGAUCGAUAGCCGACAGCGUGGGAAGGGAAACGGAUGUAGCCAGGCCGGGGUAGUGGCGGACAGAGAGCUCGCUGCGGCAGUCAAGAGCUCGUGAGUGUGUGAGCGCGAGCGACAGAGAGAGCGAGAGAGAGAGAAGGGGAAGGAGCGGCGGCCAUGGACUGAGAGCCGGGACCCAGAUGUGCAGGUUCACAGACUGGGGAAACGCUGUCAAUGUGAAGUAACUCUGAAAUAUGGAGGCUGUUAUAACAGAUGGAGAAAAUGAAAAAAGGGUGUUAGGAAAUGGUGGUAAGCGAGGAACCCAGCGAAUUGAAAGCAAAACUUUGAAAUGGAGUUCAAAAGUGAGAAGAAAUCGUUUUAAAUUUAAAAAGCGUGGACAGCAUCAUGGGGAAAUCAGGGACCUACAAGGAUUGCCAACAGUGUUCGUAAAUAAUGAUGAAUCUGAAUCUCUGCCGGUGACUCCAGGAAAAAUGAGCCUGCGUCAAGGGAAGGAAGCAUUACAUCCUCAAACCAAAGAAUUGAUUCAUUCAACACUCAGUCCGGGAAUUGGUGGCAAUCAUGGUUUGGACAGAGGCAAAGAUGAUGUCUCCAUGGCAAAGGACGAUUUGACAUACUCCAUUUCAAAAAGCAAGUCAGAGUCAAAGCUUUACAAUGGAACAGAAAGGGAUCUUGCUUCUCCGGGGAGUAAACUUACAAAGAAGGAGUCUCUUAAGGUUCAGAAGAAAAACUAUAGGGAAGAAAAGAAAAGGGCUACAAAAGAGUUACUCAGCACUAUUACUGAUCCGUCUGUAAUAGUUAUGGCUGAUUGGUUGAAGAUCCGUGGAACUUUGAAAAGCUGGACAAAACUGUGGUGUGUGCUGAAACCAGGAGUGUUGUUAAUCUACAAAACCCCAAAGAAUGGCCAGUGGGUAGGAACGGUUCUUCUGAAUGCUUGUGAACUCAUUGAGAGGCCAUCAAAGAAAGACGGCUUUUGUUUCAAAGUCUUUCAUCCUUUGGAACAAUCUGUUUGGGCUGUAAAGGGUCCAAAAGGUGAAGCUGUUGGGUCCAUAACUCAGCCAUUGCCUGGUAGUUAUCUGAUAUUUCGUGCAGCUUCAGAAUCCGAUGGAAGGUGUUGGAUGGAUGCUUUGGAGCUAGCUCUUAAAUGUUCAGGCCUCCUUAAACGCACAAUGAUGAGAGAAGGCAAAGAACUCGAUUUAAAUGCUUCCUUAGAGAAUUCCCACGUUGCCCUUUUUGGCCUCCUACGUGCAAAUGUUUUACAAAGUUCGGAACACUAUCAGUUAAAUGAUAGUGAGAUAGAACAACAGCAUUUCAGAGACCACGAUCUGUACUCAGACAAGUCGGACAAAGAAAAUGAGCAGGACCAUGAAGAAUCAGACAAUGACGGACUGGAGAAAAGUGGAAAAAGUGAGGAAAGCGACUCCGAUACCUCAGAGAAACAGGAUGAUUCCUUUGUAGAUCCUGAACCUAUGGACCUGAUAAAAGAAACUACUUACGUAGAAGAAUCCCAUGAAGAAUUAGGGGAGGCAGGUGAGGCUUGCCAGACGGAAGUAGUAUCUGAGGAGAACAAAAGCCUAAUUUGGACCUUACUGAAACAAGUUCGUCCAGGAAUGGAUCUGUCAAAAGUUGUACUGCCUACAUUUAUACUGGAACCUCGAUCGUUCUUAGACAAAUUGUCAGACUACUACUACCAUGCUGACUUUCUCUCUGAGGCUGCAGUAGAAGAAAAUGCUUACAGUCGUAUGAAGAAAGUUGUGAAAUGGUAUUUAUCAGGCUUCUACAAGAAACCAAAGGGCUUGAAGAAACCAUACAAUCCAAUUAUUGGUGAAACAUUCCGAUGUAUGUGGAUUCAUCCAAAAACAAACAGCAGAACUUUUUACAUUUCAGAACAGGUGUCCCAUCAUCCCCCAAUCUCUGCUUUCUAUGUAAGUAAUAGAAAAGAUGGAUUUUGUGUCAGUGGCAGUAUCCUCGCCAAAUCCAAGUUUUACGGUAAUUCCUUGUCUGCCAUAUUGGAUGGAGAAGCUAGAUUGUCUUUCCUUAGCAGAGGAGAAGAUUAUAUAAUGACCAUCCCCUAUGCUCAUUGUAAAGGAAUUCUUUAUGGAACAUUGACUCUUGAACUUGGAGGAUAUGUUAACAUCAGUUGUGAGAAAACUGGCUACAGUGCAAUAAUUGAAUUCAAAUUAAAGCCAUUUUUAGGCAGCAACGACAGUGUUAACCAGAUAGCUGGGAAGAUCAAACUGGGAUCAGAAGUUUUGGCUACUUUGGAAGGUCACUGGGACACUGAAGUUAUCAUCAAUGAUAAAAAGACCAACAAAUCAGAGUUAUUCUGGAACCCUACUAUUGACAUCCGACAACAGAGGCUGACCAGAUGCACUGUGCUUUUUGAGGAACAGGAAAAUGUGGAAUCAGAAAAACUGUGGCAACAUGUGACUCGGGCAAUUUCCCAUAAAGACCAGAAUGAAGCCACGAAUGAAAAGUUUAUCCUUGAAGAAGCACAGAGAAAUGCUGCCAAAGAACGAAAAGCCAAGAAAACAGAAUGGUUUUGCAAGUUGUUUGAACAAGAUCCAAUUACAGGAGAUUGGCAUUAUAAAUAUGCAGACACCAGGCCUUGGGAUCCACUGAACGACCUGAUGCAGUACGAGAAAGAUGGUGUCAUCCAGUCCAAAGUUUGGCACCGCACUCCAAUGGUACGUUCUGGCAGUGUAAUUAGUCUCAGUAACCAAGUGGGAAGGAAAGAGAAUUGCAAACGGCAGGUCGCUGUACCUAAACGACCCCGGAAUAAGCACAGUGGCCAGCGGAUUCCUGAAAGUGGAUGUUCCACACCAGAACAAGAUCAGCAAGACUCAUCCGAGUCAGAAAGACAAAAGACAGCGAAGCACAGUACAAGAUUGAGAAAGAAGGUGAAUGAUCUUGGUGAACUUCAGAGUGCCAUCGAUUCAAUUAGACAAACACAAGAGGAGAUAAACAGAUGCCUGACUGUUCUUCGGGGCCGAACAUUGGCAAGCCAGUCUAAUUCAGACAACUACUUUUUGCAACUCAGAGACUAUGUAAUCAUUUUUCUCCUCAUCCUGAUUCAGAUUGUUGUUAACUACUUGUUCAAAUAGCUAUGAUGAGAACCAAAUGAAGCCAUAUAAAGGAGCUAUAAAGAUCAAAGCCCUCAAUGGACCAUUCUUCAGCACAAGAUAUAUUAAUGUUGGAUUAAUGUGCUUACAGUUUGAUGAUAAUGUUCUUUGUAAACAGACUGAAACAUUUUCUUGUAUGUAUAUACAGUUAUUUGAUGGCUGAUAAAAUGCAAUGCUUUAAAGAAACACUCCAUGUUCUAUGAUGCUCCAUAUUUAUCGAGUUAGGUAUAAAGUACGAUUUUACAACUGCUAUAGUUCAGUUUAGAAGAAGCCAUAAAUUACCUACAUAAUAGGCAAAUAUUAGAAAACCACUAACAGCAAAAAUACGUUUCUGGUGUACAAAGUGCAUUUGAAUGAUUUGUGAAUGCUUUUCCAGUAUUCUAUUUUACUGGUACCUAGUUCUUACAAAUGUUAGAGUUGCAUAAGAAUGAGCAGUUAGCACACCACAAGCGUUUAGUCUAGAAAUCUCUCUUUGGCAGGGCCCUGAGUACUUUUGCAUUUAAAAAAAAUUAAAAUGUAACAAAUCUGUAGGGUGUGAUGUUGAAAGAAUGUAAAGUAGUGCCUUCUGGAUGAUUUCACACUUUUGGCGUAAUAUUAUCCUAAUAUUAACAAAUGUCAGGGCUGUGCCAUAGGAAACAAAAAGCCUUACAGCUGUCCAAAUGAUUUUGUUUUAACAUCAGAAUUUAUUGUGACCCAAUACUGCCAUUAAUACAUGUAUGGUAUCUUAUAACUAGUAUGGAUUUCAGUUUAUUGUACUAAUAAUCUUGACCAAAAUCCCAGUUUGUUCCCGGUUUAGCAUGACAGUAGUUAUUCCUGUUAUAUGCAAGUAUGGUUAUAAGUAACAAUUUUUGCCCGUCCAAUCUAUUGCGUAUAACAGGAUUCUCUUUCAGGUCAAUUUCAGAAAGGUCAUUUCUGUAAAAGCAGCUAUUACAUGUUUGAAAUAGCAAUUUUCUAAAUGUUUUUGUUACAUUAACCUAUUUCAAUGGUGACUGUUAGGAAAAGAAAUUAUGCUAAAAGGGCCUGUGUUGUGCUUUUUUAUAUAUACAAAAUGACUUGUAUGGUUUAAGAAAACCAUUGGCAGGAUCAUGUUAAUGUUAUAUCUAUGUACUUAUGUAUUUAUUCAUAAAAUGGCCUUUUGUUAACCAUUUUUUUCAUCAGUUUUUCUCUCCAUAAAUUCUGUAAUCUUUUCGCAUAUACAAUUAAACUUAACCAAUAAAUACAUGGAUACAA